GAAACGGGAAUGUGGCAUUGCUCCCUCAGCUGCUCCUCCACCUGACUCCAGCCUCCAGUGUCAGAAACAUCUGUUCUCAGGACAAAUAACCAGCAGCAUUCCCAGCUCCGGCUCUUUUCCUGCCUUAUUCCCAUUUUGCCUAUCCGUCUCCCACUUGUUUCCUCUCCUGAGUUGAGGAAUGUGCGCACAGUGAUCAUGGUGGUCACCGUUCCCCGAGGUUGGAGCUUUCCAGGAAGUUCAGUGAUGUACAAAUCCCGAUGUUCUAUAUUCUCCUCCUCUUUCCUCCCUUUCUGUGUUAUCCAGCCCACUCGGCAGUCCUCUCUUUAUAUUCUUCUCCUGGUGGGAGUUUAUCAGUCUUGCAGGGUCUGUGUUUAAACACGUCCCCUCCUGCUGCAGUUGAAGGAAAGGAAGCUGCAUUUUGAAACUUUGAACACCUUCAGCAGGGAUGAUGCUGGCAGCGUUCCCCGUGGAGGAUUUUAUUGCGUCCAGGGAUGUGUGAUUGUGACGGUUUGAGGAGUGUGUGCUGUGUUCACGGAAAGGGAAUGUGAGGAAGUGUGAGAUGGGGUAGGAGAGUGCAGCGGGAGGAUUUAGUAUUCCUUGGUUUACCUAACCCCCGCAUUAGCGGCAUGACCACAGUAACCACCUCCAGAUGUUUGAGAGCACAAUCUGAUUAUUUACAGUGAACGUCGCCCUCUUCACCCUGCAGUGUACUCUUUGCUCCUUUGGCAGUGUCAAAGUUAAUGCUUAAUCCAAGUACAGACCCAUAAUUGCUAAGGCCAAGCCCUGUUUAUUGGAGGGAGGUUACGUGGCUGUGAACAGAUCAGUCGGCACAGACCAGAAGCAGACAGACUCACUCAGGGAUUCAGAUCCACCGGUCAGGCACCAGCACCGAAGGACCGACCGAAGGAAGCAGCCGCGAUGCCGCUGAAGUUCGGAAUGUCCAAGGCGUUCGCCAUCGCCUUUGGCGUUAUGACCGUCUCUGCCAUCGGCGGCAUGUUCACCAUGAUUAUUCUGUACAAGACCGAGACCCACAACAUGACCAUGACUCCACCUCCAACCCAACCGUCCACCACCUUGCCUCCACCGCCAGUCAUGCGGCUCCCAAAGACCCUGGUACCUCAGAAGUACGACAUCGUUCUCUGGGUUCACCUUUACACCAAAAUCAUAGUGGAGGGGAACAUGACCAAUCCCAACAUUACUACUCCCAACCAGACCAUGCUCUUCACCGGAAACUCCACGGUCCACUUUCACUGCGUCCAGAAGACUAUGAGCAUCUUUCUCAACAGCAAGGACCUGACUGCUGAUGCUCCGGUGGUGAGGAACAAAGAUACGAACAAGAACGUUCCCGUUUCUGGACUGAAACACUACGCUGAUGAAAGCGACUUCCUCGAGGUCCAGUUGAAGGAACCCUUGGAGGCAGGAGGGAACUAUUCUUUGCUUCUGGCUUUCCGAGGAGACGUCUCGGAUAAUCUCGAAGGACUUUACGUAAGCAGAUACACCGAAGGUGACUUUGACUAUGAAGACGAUCCCAAUGCAGACAGAUUCAUUGCUGUCACCAAUCUGCAGCCAACAGAUGCCAGGAGAGUGUUUCCUUGUUUCGAUGAACCCGACAUGAAGGCCGUGUUUCAGCUCACCGUCAUCCACAGACCAGAAACCAAAGUUGUGGCAAAUGCAAAAGCUCUUGGCGAUAGCACAGAUGGAUGGAAAUAUACUUGGUUUGAGCCGACACCAAAGAUGUCGACCUACCUGUUCGCCUUCAUGGUGGUCGAUAACACCUUUGACUUUACCACCUCUUCAGCUUCAGAGGGUCGUGUGACCAUAAAUACGUACGCUCGCCCUGAGGCUGUCGGUGCCGGACACACUAACUAUGCCAAAGACAUUGCAGGAAGGAUCCUCGACUUCUACGAAGGGGAAUUUGAAAUUAAAUACAGAAUGAGAAAGCUAGACCAGAUUGCGCUGCCAGACUUAUAUCCUGCAGGGAUGGAAAACUGGGGAAUGAUCACAUACCAGGAAGGAGUCCUGCUCUAUGAGGAAGGAGUCUCCUCCUUGUUGCACAAGGAAGAGAUUGCCACUGUCAUUGCACAUGAACUGGCACACCAGUGGUUUGGAAAUCUGGUGACGAUGAAAUGGUGGAACGACCUUUGGCUGAACGAGGGCUUUGCCACCUACUUUUCAUACUUUGCUGUGGACGAAGUCGAGCCAACAUUCAAUAUAAAAGAAAUCGCCAUCAUGAAUGACCUCCACGACGCGUUUAGAGCGGACUCUUUGGCCUCAUCCCACCCUCUCAGUCCCGCACCGGGCGAUAUCCAGACGACCGAUGAGAUCCUCGGGUUGUUCGAUUCCAUCAGCUACAGCAAGGGAGCAAUGGUGCUGAGGAUGCUGGCAAACCGCGUGGGACAAAAUAUUUUUGACAAAGGGAUCAAAAUGUAUCUCAAGGCUUUUGAAAAUGGAAACGCAGAACAGGAUGACCUCUGGAAGUAUAUAGAGAUGGCUGAGAAUGAGAACCGCGCUCCCGGCGAGACUGCGCGCAGCGCCAACAGCAUCGCCGAAUUCAUGGGCCGUUGGACGAAGCAAAGCGGUUAUCCUGUCGUCAGCAUCAACACCACCGACGGGCGAGUCUUCCAGAAGCAGUUCCUCUUCAACAGCUCUGCUCAGUCACAGAAUUCAUGGAUAAUUGAGAUCCACUUCAUCUCCAGUGCUUCAUCUAAAAAUAUGACAGUGUAUUUGUUUGACAAUACACCAGUAAACAAAGAAGAUUUCACGGCCAAGAAAGGUGAAUGGAUCCUGGCUAAUAUCAACUGUACUGGAUACUACAGAGUCAAUUACAACCCCGAGAACUGGGAGCGCCUCCUGACUCAGCUGCAGAUAAACCGACAUAGGAUCCCACUGAUGAACCGAGGGCAGCUCGUUGAUGAUGCUUUUAACUUGGCAAGGGCCAAGCUUGUCAAUGUGACUCUGGCUCUGAACUCAACCCUCUUCCUCAAAAAUGAGACGGAGUUCCUCCCCUGGGAGUCAGCGGUCAUGAAUCUGGAGUACUUCAUCCUCAUGUUUGACCGCUCUGAGGUGUAUGGACCCAUGCAGGCGUACCUCCAGGAACAGGUGAAGGAGCUGUAUAACAGCUUCAUCAACUACACAAACAGCGCCACGGUGCCGCUGCACGAUCACUCCUUACAGCACACCCAGCUCCUCGCCAUACAGCUGGCAUGUUCCAGCGGGCUCCCAGAGUGCAUAGAGAUGGCUACGGAGAAGUACGCCGACUGGAUGGAGAGCAACACAACCAACAGCAUCCACCCAAAUCUGCGGUCUGUGAUCUACUGCCAAGCCGUGGCUGCUGGUGGGAAGGAGGAGUGGGAGUUUGCCUGGGACAGGUAUCUGACCUCCAGCGACACCUCAGAGAAGGAGCAGCUCCGGCGAGCUCUGUCCUGCACCAGGAAGAUCUGGCUGCUCAGCAGAUACCUCGAUUACACUUUGGACCCUGAAAAAAUCCGUCUGAUGGACGUUGCUUCUACGAUUAACUACAUCGCCCAGAAUGCAGCGGGGCAGGCUCUGGCCUGGAACUUUAUCAGAGCGCACUGGAACUACGUCAGUCAGGGGGAUGCGACGGCGCUGAUUGCAGGAGUGACCCGCAGGUUCUCCACACAGUUCGAACUGGAAGAGCUCACGCGCUUCGAGGCGGAUUACGACCUGCGAGGCGCCUACAGGGUCGUGUCUCUGGCCAUCGAGCAAACCCGAGUGAACAUCCAGUGGGUGAAGGAGAACAAAGACGUUGUCCUGCAGUGGUUUGAACAGAGAGCGCCCCCUGCAGUAUGAUCGGAGCUGCUGCAGUGUGUUCAGCUCCGGCUGCAAAUUCUCAGUGAAUCGGACUCAGUAAAUCAAUUCCUCUGAAAACUGAAAUGUGACCAGUGCAGUACAUAGUAUAGUAUAAUAAGUACUACAUAGGUCACAUUUCAGUACUGGACAUUUCUCUGAGUAUAAUAGAACUAACAGAAAUGUACAGUGCUCAUGUAUAAACUUAUAUGCAUUAUUUAUACAGUAUAUUCCAUGAAAACAGUCAAAUUAAAACAAAUGACUUCCAUGUUUGUGAAUUUUGCACAUGAAGGAUUUUAACUGUAAAAGUGCAUCUUAAAAAAUUGUAUUUCUCUACAAAAUUCUUCUUUGUUACUUUGCAUAAUAAUUUUUAGGAGUUAAUGACUGAAACGUCUGAUAACGUCUGUGCUGCCAGCGCAGGCUACAAAAUGUGUUCCAUGAUUGUAAUCGGGAAAAUGUUCUUGUUCUGUUGCUGAAAUUGUUAUUUUUAAUAAUAAA